AUGCGCAGCUUCCUUAGGUGUCUGCCCAGGUUGUGCUGUGGUGCAGCAUUUGUGGGCGACCCACAGAGGGCAUCAAUAAAUGGGUACCGCUACUUUCACUCUCAACCGAGAUUUUCCUGUCCGCAAUCCCCACUCCCUUUGACGUGGAACGCAUUACAGGAGAUCAAGGUUCAGUAUGCUAAGACCGACAACGAUGAGCCAUCGCUCGACGCCACGUUGGAUUUCGCGGGGUAUCAGCUUUUCCGCGAUGGACUGCUUCCCUCAUUGCAGGCCACGGGCUACGGCAUGCCUGAUGAUAUCACGGGAAAGAUGACUCAUGCGAUGCAGCAAAAGUUGCAGAAGGGACGUGAUGCCGCGGUGGCGAACAUCCGGAAAAACGGCGUAGUGUUGCGGAGGAGCAUAAAGGAAACCGCUAUCGUGAUAGGAUGUGAUGAGGCAGGUCGUGGGCCCCUCGCUGGCCCGGUGGUUGGCGCCGCGGUCUGCCGGAUUCCCAUGUCUAGCUUUAAUAACGAGUACGCACAGCUUUACGAUGCAUUGGAACAAUUUCAAAUAUUUGAUAGCAAGUCUGUAUCAGAAUGCCAACGAAAUUUAGUGUUUGCCAUGAUAACCGGCCAUGCCGAUUUUUUUAACAUUGCGGCGAACAAAAAGUUUAUAGUUCAUCAUUGUGGGUCGGAUCAAACUUCCAGUCGUGUGUUCGCAUCGAAGUCGAUUGAAUCACAUGCAAGACUAGGUAGGCUCCCUUUCAAAAAGAUUUUGUCCAUGCAAAUCCCUUUUCUGGUUACUUUACAUGGAUACAACAGCGCGGGAAACUAUCUAUAUCUGUGGUCCAUCGGCAUUGCAAACCACACCUACAUUGACAUCUUUAAUAUCCAUAGAGCAUCUAUGAAUUGCAUGCAUCGCUCUGCUUUUGCUGUAUGGCAUAUGCUGAACGACACUCGCUUCUCCUACGAGGUUGCUCCGCGCCCUAAGUAUUCGUCAAUUGCACGGUACCUGUUCAGUCGAUUCUGCACAGUAGCCGGCCACGACCACGAGAAGCGUUAUAUGGUUCCACGCGAUAUCGAUCUGAUCGAAAGCCCCUCCGACGACUUUGAUUUCGAGCCGAUACAACCGCCAUUGGUGCUCAUUGACGGCCACACAGUGCCCAAACAGAGCUACGACUACUUCACCGACCUCUCCAUCGGCGGCAAGGUUCAUCCCAUCAUUGAAGGUGACAAACGAAGCCUGUCCAUCGCGGCGGCUUCCUGCCUUGCAAAGGUAACACGCGACGAGCUUAUGAGUUACUUGGACGGACUUUACCCGGAUUUUUGUUUUGCUGACAAUAAAGGCUACCCCGUAGAGCAACACAUGAAACAUGUGGCCCAAUAUGGUCUUUGUCCUGUUCAUCGUAAGUCAUUUCGCCCGUGUAAAGAUUUCAUAGAAAAACAGGGGAAAAAUCUCUUAUAA